AUGUCAUACUCAAUAUUAGCAUAUGAUGAUGAUGAUAGCUUGCCGACAUGUACUGCAAAUUACAUUAAAAACAUAAACGACAAGCAUACUUUAGUUGAUGCUAUCUUUAACCUAGCAACCACCAAAAUGAAGGAUGGAAUUGUCAAUUAUGAAAUUCAAUUUUUGUCUUGUUCUUCUGAAUUGACCAACUGUGAAAGAAAAGGGAUUAUGAAAAACCACAGGCAAAACUAUAUAAAUGACUUCAUUGAAUCAGCUCUAAAGAAACAGAAGCUAGAAACAAAGCAGAUGAAAUACAAAACAAUGGACCCAUUAGUAAAACAGCAAGUUAACUCUAAACGUGUAAAUGAUCACAAAAUUAUGGCUCAGGAGAAAAAACAAAAAAUAUUGGAAAAGAGAAGAACAAAAUAUGAAAUGUUAGAUAAAUCAAAGAAAGAAGAACUGCUUACCAAAAAUAUGAAUUAUAGAAAAACAAUGAAUAUUGGACAAAAGCAAAAAGUACUGGAGAAUAAAAGGAUAAAAUAUGAAGAAAUGGAUCAAUCGAGGAGAGAAGAACUGCUUACUAAAAAUAUGAAUUAUAGAAAAACAAUGAAUAAAGGACAAAAGCAAAAAAUACUGGAGAAUAAAAGAAUAAAAUAUGAAGAAAUGGAUCAACCAAAGAGAGAAGAACUGCUUACUAAAAAUAUAAAUUAUAGAAAAACAAUGAGCAAAGAACAAAAGCGAAAAACACUGGAGAAUAAAAGAGCCAAAUAUGAAGCAAUGGAUCAAUCAAAGAAAGAGGAACUGCUUACUAAAAAUAUGAAUUAUAAGGAAACAAUGGGAGAAGAACAAAAACAGAAAAUACUGGAGAAUAAAAGAGUAAAAUAUCAAGCAAUGGAUAUAUCAAAGAAAAAGGAGUUGAGUGCUAUGAUUUCAAGCAAAGCAAAACAAAAAAAUAAUUUGCUGAGUAGAGAGAAAGAAAAAUGGAUGGAAAAGAAAUCUCGAACUCAUGACAUUGACAUGUACAUUGAUAAAUUUAAAAAACAAAUUAAAUCUGGCCCAUUUUACAUAUGCUGUGUGUGUAACCGAACGCUAUAUAAAAAGUCAGUAGUAAUCCUACAGAAAAAUAAAUAUCCUCGCCAGGAUUGUUUUAUGCUUCAAUGUUCUUUUGAUGGCAAAAACUACAUCUGCAAAACAUGCCAUGCUAAAUUACUUAAAGGUCAACAGCCUUGUCAAGCUGUGGUAAACAAUUUAUUUGUUGAUGAAACCCCUACUGAACUUGCUGCAUUAGAGAAACUUGAACAAAUUCUUGUUGCCCAGAGAAUAGUCUUUGAAAAAAUUGUAAUAAUGCCGAAAGGACAACAAAGAAAAAUUAAAGGUGCAAUAUGUAAUGUACCAGUUGAAUGUAGUCAAACUUGCAAUGUUCUUCCCAGACCACCUGACAGAUCUGGGAUAAUUUUACUUAAAUUAAAAAGGAAACUUCAAUUUAGAGGUCAUGUUUACUUUCAAGCAGUUCGCCCUCAGUUUGUAAUUAGUGCAUUAAACUGGCUUAUAGCAAACAAUCCGUUAUAUAGAAACAUUGAAAUUCAAUGUGACAACAUCAGCCGAGAGUUGACUAAUUUGAACUGUCCUGUUACAAAUCAAGAAAAUAUAGAUGAGCAUUUGCAAAGUAAUGUAAAUAGAGAACUUCUUAAUGAAGAUGCUGAAGAACAAGAUGAUCCAUUAAAUGAACACCGUUCAGCUGCAACUGAAACCUGUCUUCAGUCCAUCUUGCCAAAUUAUCCUGUUAACCUUGACAAUACAAACCGUGAUAAUUCAACAGGUAGAGAAAUUUUCAACAUUGCACCAGGUGAAGGUAAACACCCAGUAUCAUUGAUGACAGAUAAACUUUGUGAGGAACUUUCAUUUCCAGUACUCUUUCCAAAGGGACGAUUUGGGUAUACUGUUGAACGAGACAUAAAAUUAUCUCCAAUAAAAUAUUUCAAUGCUCGCCUCUUGCAUUAUAGUGGGAAAUUUGCAACCAAUACAGAGUAUCUAUUCUUUGCACAAUUCAUUAUGGAACAGAAAAAGAUCUCUGAUAGUGUAAAUAUAGCUCUUAAAACAAUUCAUGGGCAGUCAGUCACAGCAUCACAAGUAAAAUUGAACAGUCAAGCUUUUCAAAAUCUUCUUUUGCAAGACCAAGCAUAUUUAUUUUUACGACAAAUUCCUGGCUCACCUCCUUACUGGCAAAAAUUCAUGUAUGAAGUGGUAGUAAUGGUUAAACAACUGGGAAUACCAACAUGGUUUAUGACACUUUCAUGUGCAGACUUAAGAUGGCCAGAGCUAUUUCAGAUAAUUGCAAAAUCGAAAGGAAACAACAUGACAGAUGAAGAAGUGGGCGCUCUGUCGUAUCAUGAGCGAUGCUCAAUGUUAAAUUUAAAUCCAGUUAUUGUAGCUAAACAUUUCCAGUAUCGAGUCGAAACAUUUUUCAGGGAUGUUUUGCUUACAAAUGCAAACCCAGUCGGUAAGAUAGUAUAUUAUGCACUCCGUAUUGAAUUUCAAAUGAGAGGUUCACCACAUUUGCAUGCCUUAAUAUGGACAUCUGAUUGCCCAGACUUAACGAAUGAUACAAAAGAUGCAUACAUAGAUUACAUUGACCAACAUGUUCAAGCAUACCUUCCAGACAAAGAAACAGAUCCUCAACUUUAUGACUUGGUGAAAACAUACCAGACACAUAAUCACAGUAAAACCUGUAGAAAGUACAAGAACGUUGCAUGUAGAUUUAACUUUGGACAGUUUUUUACUGACAAAACAAUUGUUGCUGAACCUUUGGCAGAAGAUAUGGAUGAAGAGAUUAAAUCCAAUAUUCUAACUAGACGAAAGGAAAUUUUGUCCAAAGUUAAACAAAAAAUUGAUGAUGUGCUAAACCCAAGCAAACCUACUUAUGAUCCACAUGCAACUCCAACUGCCAUCCUAAAUGAUAUAGAUAUUACAGAGCAAGACUAUCAAUGGGCUAUAUCAUUAUCUCCAGACUCUGACUAUGAAUUGCACCUCAGAAGACCAAUAGAUAGUUGUUUUAUCAACAAUUAUUUUAUUGCUGGGUUAAAAGGAUUUGCCGCAAAUGUUGACUUGCAACCAGUGUUUAAUCAUUACAAGUGUAUCACAUACGUUUGUUCUUACUUUACAAAGGAUGAAACUGAAUGUUCUCAAGCCAUCAUGAAUGCAGCAAAGGAGGCUAAAGAAGCCAACUUAAAUGUAAGAGAUGGCCUAAGAAAAAUAGGUGCAGCUUUUCUCUCGACUCGUGAAGUCAGUGCUCAAGAAUGCGUUUACAGAUGCAUGCCUGAACUCUGGUUAAGAAAAAUAUUCCCGAAAACUCUCUUUGUUAGCACGGAUUUUGCUGAAAAUCGCGUUAGAUUUGCGAAGAAACAACAAGAACUUGAUGAGUUAGAUGAUGAUAGUACUGACAUAUUUAAGUCUAACAUUAUUGUCCGUUACAGUGAUAGACCGAAAAACAUUCCUGUCGUUAAUGAUAUGUGUUUAGCUUUAUUUGCUGCUCACUAUUUCAAAGAUUACAAAAGUGAUUUUAACGAAGUAUCUGAUUCUCAACCUGAAGCGUUAAGCGAUGACUUCAUCGAAUCUCAAAAUAUCGAAAAUCAUAACACUGAACUUCCCGAUCGAAUAAAACUUGUAAACAGCAAAGAAACUAUGAAAUGCAGAAAAAUUAAAGCUGUCAUUCGAUAUCACACUCCAAACAAAAGAAAAGAGCCUGAAAAAUAUUUUCACCACCAGGAACUCUUUGGCGAAGACCAGACAUACAUAUCUAAGUUUUAUGAGCCAGAUGUUCAAGAGGUAGUACAACGCAACAAAGAAAUAUUUUAGCCAGAUGGUGAUGCUAUUAAUGAAGCACUAGAAAAUUUACGAAACUUUGAUGACAUACCAACUCAGUCCUAUAAUCCAAUAAAUGACCAGGAAAAUGAAGAUUUGCGACAAAGUUUAACUGACGAUUGUGAUGAAACCGAGUUAUUUAACGAAUCGUUGCCACAACAUCUUGCAUCAAAUCCUGAAUCAAUUCAACCAUCUUCUGGAAUAAGUUCUUAUAAUCAACCCUUAGAAAUCAGUGACGACGAUCUACGAAAAACUGUAAGAUCAUUAAACAACAAACAACGUUCUGCAUAUGACGUAGUUCUUUCCUGGUGUAGAAAUAAGAUGGCCAACCUAAACACUCUUAAACCAUCUAAAGUAGAUCCGAUACACGUUUUUGUUACUGGAGGUGGAGGUGCAGGGAAAUCGCACUUAAUUAAAGCUAUAUAUCAUACUGUUACAAAAACAUUUAGGCAUGCUCCAAUGAAUCCUGAAUUACCUUCUGUAUUGUUAAUGGCUCCAACUGGUGUAGCUGCCAUAAAUAUCAACGGAACAACCGUAAACACUGCUCUGGCAAUUCCAAGAGAAUGUGGGAAUAAUGUACCUGCCAUGUCUGACCAGAGGAGAACUCAAAUGAGAUUGUCUUUGGCUGAGUUGAAACUAAUCGUAAUUGAUGAAAUAUCAAUGGUCUCAAACAUGGGUCUGCUGCAUAUUCACCAGAGAUUGAAAGAAAUAUUUGUUACACCUAAUAGUGAACUUUUUGCAGGAAUCAGUGUACUUGUUUUCGGAGAUUUCUUCCAGCUACCACCCAUUCGAAGCGCAACAACAUUUUCAAAUUAUAAGAUUGAUACAUUCAAUCUACACCAUCCCUGGCAGGUCUUUAAAAUGGCAGAACUAACACAGAUCAUGAGACAAAAAGAUGACCUCGCCUUCACUCAACUAUUAAAAUAAUAAUAGAGUGCGCACCGCUUCACAUACAGACGAUGAUGUCAGGUGUAUUCAAUCCAGAACAAUAACUCCAGGUGAUGAAAAUUAUCCAUUGGAUGCAUUACACAUCUUUGCAGGAAAUGCACCAGUAGAUGAGUACAACAUUGAUCGCCUACAACAAAUUCAAUCACCACAGUACGUUUUAGAAGCUUUAGAUCAAUUCCCACCUCAUGUUAGAAAACAGGAUAUCGAUAGAGUGUUGUCUAACGGAAGAUCCGAAACUGGAGGGCUUGACACCAAAAUCCUGAUCAAAGAAAAUGCAAGAGUAAUGCUCACAACCAAUGUGGAUAUUAGCGAUCGAUUAAUUAAUGGCCAGUUAGAUACAGUAAUAAAAGUUUCUGUUGACAAUGUUAGUAAUAAACCCUCCAUAAUUUUUGUUAAAUUUGAUGACAGUAAUGCUGGAGUAUCUGCUAUACGAAAUUCGUCCAGUAGUUUUGCAAGAGAAAACAAUAUUGUUCCUAUCAAACCUGUAUUGGCGAGAAUUAAAGUCAGACCAGGAAAACCAUCAUCUCCUGAAAUACAAAGAUUACAAUUUCCUGUAACUCUCGCAUAG